AUGUCUACCAUUCUUGAGCGAAGACGUUUGGGACAAAAGUCAUCUGCUGGGGAGGUGUUGCACGCCGCGGAUUUCAGGAGCCCCCUUGCGCAAGUACGGAGCAUGGCCAAUGCUUUGCCUGAUCAAGAUCCAGAAGCGGGCCCGUCCACAUCGCGCCGGCCAGCUGCACAACCGAGCGCCCAAGCGGUCCCAGCAUUAGACUUUAACCUCUUCCGCUCCAACUCGGUCUACUCGGUAUCCUCCGUCAACACUUUCUCCUCCUUCGACACCUCCUCGGAGGACCAUGCAACUGGCACCUUCUUCCCUCCGUCAGACGCCGGGUCCAGCUCUGGGUCCGACACCCCACCCUCACCCCCCUUGCCUGCGCCGAUAGACUUCUCCGCGCGGGUCGAGACGCCAACAACACCCAAGGCGGAGCGGGCACAUUAUUUUGAUCUCGGUCCUCCCGUUACAGCUACUUUAGCGCAGGAAGCGGCGACGCGCUCAGCGGAGGACCUAUCGGCGGGGCAAACGACGCCGAGACGAUCCUUCUUUGUCCGGUCUCGUCAGGGCCACGUCAAUCCUCCUCCUCUGGACCCUGUCCAUUUGGCUCAACUGUCUCAAGCGGGUCCCGGUCCCUCCACGAGUACCUCGCGUCUCCUCUCCGAAACGCACCAGGACGUCUUUACGUCGCCCGCACGCGGACGCGCCGACUCGAUCACGCGCGGAGGCGAGAUCGCCGCUCAACAUCCCCAACGGCGGAGCAUCGGGCUAGAGGAUUGGGAGAGUGUUCAUGGGGAGCAAGGAUCGGAAUGGGGAGACGACGAAGCGGGGUUCGAGUGGCUGGAUACGGAUGGCGCCCCGGCGGCUUUGAAUGGGCAUCAACCCGAGCGGGUGGCGUUGGGGCUGAGCCCGGGGAAACGGUUCGCCAAGCUCCGCGAGGCGGUCCCUGGCUUUAGCUCAGGUGGAAGCGGAGCUGCAGGCGACGGGCAUGUAGUAGGGGGGCGGAAGUUGAAGAAGCAGCAUAUCAUCAUGCCCAGGCGGGCAGCACCUCCACCCCCUCCCGGACCCGGAUCGCCCCGUCAGCCCACUCAGCCCCCUCUCACCAUUGUCCAACCAUCACAAUCGGGUACAAGACCUGACGGUCCCUCUGUCCCGCCACCCACCUCAAAGCGCCCAGCCAUACCUGUCCAGACCUCCCUCCCAAAUAUCCGCGCCCAGGAACCUCAGCGGCAGCUCCGUCAAGGGGCCGCCCAGGCGCCUACGAUGAUGCCUGUCCGCGACCCAUCCCCGCUCCCAGGACCCGUCUUCUCCCGUAUCAAAGGCCACAACUCGCGCAACUCGGCUCUUUCCAUCCAGUCCAACGCAUUCUCGCUGUAUGACCUGGACGGGCUCGGCGCAUCCUCGCCCUCGUUCGACACCCCGCGGGCGUCCACACCAGGAGGGGGGGAGAUGGUGUUCCCCAAAGGCACCUACACAAAGGUUUCGGCGUCAGCAUUGGCGAGGAGCGAGGAGGAUGGGAGACGACGGAUGAUUUCAGAACCGGGCAGGGCGCCGCCGAGGAGUCCGCUCCUUGAUCCCCGAAAUGCAAGUCAGGGAGAUCUGCUCGCGAAGGGUGUGGAGGCGAGGGGGAAGGGCGAUCUGCCAAAGGCUGCAUGGUAUUUCCGUCAGGCGGCAGAUGCGGGCAGUAUGACAGGCCGAAUCUACUGGGGUCUGGCUCUUCGGCAUGGCUGGGGAGUGGCACGGGAUGAGCGCAAGGCAUUCGCUGAGCUCCGGACGGCGUGCGAUGGGUCGAUAGCGCAGGGCUCUGUACAGCUGCCGGUAUCGUCCGAGAGUGGACAGCUGUCCAUACAGCAGAAGAAGGCGGUAGCGCGAGAUAUCUCCCUGGGCAUGUUCGAAGUUGCCAAUUGCUUCCUCGAUGGCGUAGGCGUGAAGAAGGAUUCGGAAGUGGCGGUGUCAUAUCUCCGGUUUGCGGGUGAUCUAGGUGAUCUUGCAUCUCAAGAACAACUCGGCUUCUUGUUAUCUAAAGGCGGGAAUGGGAUCAAGAAGGAUAUGAAGGAGGCGGCAAAGUGGUACCGGAUGGCUCUCGGACAAGGCUCAAGUACCAUGGGCCUCGCUUGGGUAUGGAAGCGAGCAGCUGUUGCGAGCUGGGAAGCGGAGCAUCGGCACUCGCUUAGUCCGGGAGUGCGACUAGUGCCGAGUGACGACAGCGAGGAUGAGGACGAGGGAGAGGGAAAUGGAGAGGCGGGAUCGACAUCGGCUGUCACGCCCACCAGCCCAACGACACACUGUGCUUCUGCACCGACUUCCUAUAUCCGUGGUCAUAGGAAUCUUGUUCGCCCUCACACUAGCCAGAACUCCAAUUCGCCACUACAGAACUUCGCGCGUCCCAGAGACCUUUUCUCUGUCUUCAAGGAUCUCGAUGCGCUGAGGCUCGCAUGCGAUAUCGCCAAUCUGACACAGGGCGAGCUCAGGCAACUCGAGCGUAAAGUGAAGGGUUAUCUCUCGAGCGUGGACGGAGUGGAUCGCGACAACUGGGACUUCGAGACGAAACCAUAUCACACCGACUCCUCUAUCACUCAGACUGCAGAUCGACUAUACAUGAUCACACAAGCUCUGUCCGCGCUUCCCGAUAGCGCUCGCAGCGACGUCGUGUACGCCGACAACGAAACGGCUGUUGCGCGGUCGACUGGGUACUGGUUGGGGGCGCGGGACAACGCAGAGAGCUCCAUACAGUCUAUGCUUGGCGGUCUGGAGGAUGAGAUUCUGGGGUGCAAGAGCCAGUACGACAAUCUUGUUGAGCCAUGGACGGCAUGGGUUCGAGGCGAGCCCCAGCGGCCCAAGUCGGAUGAUGUCCUCGGGCGCAUCAGGUACCUCACGACACAAUUCGACGACACCAGAGGCUCGCGAGUUCAAGUUCAGUACGAGGACGAGGCGCCCCAUCGAGUUGAGCGGGUCACGAGCGAGGAUGGGAAAGUGCUCUCGUGGGAGCGGUCAAGACUGCGAGGGAUAUGGCUGGCUUGGCGGCGACUGCGUUUAUCGCACACAGAGUCUACCGCUACUUCGGAGUGA